AUGGCCGACCCACAACUGAGCCCUUGCAAGGUCAGCUACAGCGGUGCCUUCCGUCGCUUCCUCAUAGCCCGGCCAGCAGUCUGGAGAGACUUUGAGCAGAAGAUCCGCACUGUCUUCAAUGUCCCCGACAAUGCAGCCUUGGAUGUCCAGUACAAGGACGAAGAAGGGGAUGUGAUCACCCUCAACACUGACAGCGAGCUGGACGACGUUCUGGCGAUGCACACCCUCUUCAGUCAGUCGGCGCCCGUCAGGUUCGAGGUCAUUGUUCGAGAAGACCAGCGGCAGCAGCAGCGGGAACCGCCUCAGGAGCAAGAGUCACAGCAGACGCAGCCGCUCUCUCACUCAAUUACCUCCUCCUCUGCAAACAUUUCUACAAGUGCUCCCUUGCACAGCAUUGCUCCUGCCCUCACCUCCUGGCGACUCAACAACCAUGACCAGACCUUCAACCAGCGUUUGGAUCUCUCCUCGACCAUCACCUCGGAAAGCGCCAACAGUGCUCUGAAUCACCCUCACCGACAUUCGAAUAGCCCCUACAGCUCGGAACACAGUGACGAUGUAUCUCUGAUUGAGCUGGAUGACGAUACCGAGUCCCGCAUUAGCGACGAGCUUAUGAGGGUCCAUGGAUUGGAGGUCAUGGAAAAGACCAUUGCUGAUCUCUUGGAGGCUGCGAAACUGCGGGAUAGAUUGGAGGCGUACAAGCUGGAUGCACCUGUCUUCGCGAGCUCUUUGCAGGGUAACACUCGCACCACGGUUGAGGAUGAGAGUGAUGGCGACGCAACGGCGCAUGGCCUCAAGCAGCGUUCUAGCUGCAGCACGAGGGAUGACCAGACCAUCAAAACAACACCCCCGGGAGAAAGUACCGAGAUGAUGGAGCGCAAGGCCCAUUAUCCUACUGCGGGAGAGAUUGCUGCGACAACCUUCUCCGGAUUUGCAAGUCUUCAUCUGGACCAUGCCCCAUUUGGCAUGAACUCGAGCGUCGCUUCUACAACAGAGUCCCUUGUGCAAGGCACGACCGAAGAGUUCAAGGAUGCCCAAGAAGAGGUUGAGAUGCCUGCAGCCGAUCCCAUCGACGAGACCUUUCCCUCUGCGUCCAACGCAUCGACGUCCACUAGCGAGCGACACCCCGAUGUUGCCGAGCGUGCCCUCUUUGAACAGUUUCAGCAGCUGGUCAAAGAAUUCCAAGACAUUAUCCAAAAGAACCCGCAGCUGGUUGCUCUUGCCGGAAACAUCAUGGACAAGAUUUUGAGCGAUGUAAAGGUAAAUGUCGAGUCGUUUGGAAGCUAUCUCCAGACCCAGGCCCAGAUUGCUGUGCAGACUGCACAAGAGGUCGCUGUCCAGGCGCAAGAGGCGGCCGUUCAAGCCGCUGUUCAGGCCCAGGAGACUGUCGCCAAGGCUACGAUCCAAACACAGGAGACUGCUACCAAGGUUCAAGAAGCCGCAUCUAAGGCUAGGGCCAACCACUUUGGUGCAAACAGCCGUUAUCAGAAUCAACACCGUGCUGGACAACCCAGGGUCUGGCCGUUCGGUCCGCGUCGCAGCUUCCAAGGCCACGGCCACGUUAACAAUGACCACUACAACCAAGGUCCUGCCGAUUUCUAUGACUCGUCCAGCUUUGCAGCUCCUGGUAUGAUCCCCACACCUUCCUUUGCCCUACCGCAUAUGCCGUCAGUGUCAUCAAUUCCACCAAUGCCACCAAUGCCACCAAUGCCACCAAUGCCGCCAAUGCCACCAAUGCCUGUCAUGCCGCAGCCACAGUCACCACAAAUGCCGAGGAUGCCCUCCAUGCCUUUGAUGCCGUUUGGACCGUCAUUCUUUCAAGCCAGUUCGUCGUCUGGUCUCGGCAGGAGCAACACUAUCCACAGUACCCAGUCUUCGCCUUUUACCCGAGGAUUCCCUUUCAACACUUCACCGCCAAUGUGUAACAAGCCCUUUACGUUCAAGAGUGAGCGUCCCGUUCCCGGUGAUACAGAGGCUAGCCAGGGACCAUCGGGCUCUGUGAAGGAUGGGAAAACAAAGGCAACGAGCUCAGAACUCUUUACAUCAAAUUCGAAUGUUUCCGGCGAUCAAGGAUCUUCGUCCUCGACUUCAGCUUCAACGCCUGGCAUGCCUGGAUCGUUCCCCAGUCAGCCACAGAUGUCCGAGGUCAAGCCGGGCUGGACCUGGACCCGUCUUCCUGACGAAGGACCGGAACACCACCAACCACCUUCGACGCGCGCCAAGUACGGUUGGGUCUGGAGCGAUAUUGGAGGAGAGAAGGCUGAGAUUGAGGAGUCAGAGCCCACACCUCGCUACUCCUCACUGAAAGAAGCUGACACAGCGCCCGAUUCUUUCCCAGGACGUUCUGCUUCUAGUUCUUAUCUUGGUCUCGACCGAUCUUCUGCCAAUAUCCGCGAUGAGGCGAACAGCGAAUCAUCAUCAACGACUGCUGCAGCUGGAUCAGAAAGGUUGUCGCGUCGCAAGACGGUGCAUGAGUUUGAAAAGGCUCGAGAGCAGCGGGAUGUCAGCCAUGUAUCCAAUUCGCGCCAAGCUGAGAAGGUGCGAAUUCUGGAGGAAGCAACCAAGAACAUCAAUAUGGUUCAGGAGGCCACGGAACAGCUUCGAAGGACAACGGAGAAGCGAAAGGCAGCGAUAGAGCAGCAAAAGGCGCUGGCCAACAUCAGGAGCGGUAUGGUACAGCAGCGUGUCGAGCAGAUGGCGGCCCAUGCUCGUCCUAUGAGCUAUCACGGUUCCUCCAACUCGCAGUCUUCAGCCUUGGAUAGCCAGCCGAUGGGAGCAGGCAGCCUUGCUGAUAUUUGGCCAAACGCGAACAGCGGUACGACAACUAGCACCCCAGGCGACUUUCCACGCGCACCCGCUGUUACACGUAUGAACGUGCAGACAGCGACCACUCCUGCGCCUGCGCCUGCGCCCACGCCUGUGCCCGUGCCUACACCAGCUCCAGUAUCUGCACCAGUACGUGCUCCUGUUGCUGUCAUGGAUGUGGACCCAUUUGCAGAUCCGUUUGAGUUUGAGGAGGAGAUGCUACUGUUGACGUCAAUGGGUUUUGAGGACAAUGCGGAGUUGCGGACGGUUGUGCGCGAUUUCGGAGGCGAAAUUGAAGCGAUUGUUGAAUUUGUAGUCUCGAACUAG